GUAGGAGCCGGGCGUCGGGCGGGCGGCUCCAGUAAAUAGGAACCAUAACAUGUUGUAAUCUGCAUUGAGCUGUCAGUUACUAUUUGAACAAAAUUUAAAUACUUGAAGUGACUGUACAACAGCUUCUGUCAGAUUGGCUGGGUCAGUACCCAAAGAGGAUGCAGCUUCUUGGUGAUUACAACUUCAGCUGUGAGCUGUUUUCAUGAUCUCCUGGAAUUAUCAGCUGCCUGCUGCAUACCAACAGCUGUAAAGCAGAGAACUGCGCUCCUAUGUAACAUCUUGAUGCUGUUGUUGCUGAUGGAGAGAAACAGGACUUGGUAGUUCACUUGUUGGAAAAUUAUUCAGAAUAAAAAGUUUCCACGGAUCUGGAUUGUUUUUACCAUGAACUCCUCGUCAGUCCAGCAGGGCGUUUACUUGGAGAACAGAAGCAGUAAUGGGGCUCCUAGCAGCUCUGAAGAUCUUUCGGAUUGUAAAACCAAGUCAGAUUUGCCAGUAACAACAGAUGAAAUUAACACUACCAGUAUUAAGAUCAAUGAAGUGCCAAAUGAAGAUGGAAGUCUGGAGAUAAACAGCACAGUGGAUGCCUGCCAGAAUGGGCCAGAGUCGCUCUUCCCUGACUCUCCUGAAUCUUUUGACCCCACCAGCAGUAUGCAGAGUCAAGAGUCGUCCCCAGGUGUGACUGGUUUCCAUGACAGCCUAAAGAAGUCUCAGGGAACUAGUGCUGAGGGCAUAGUUCUUAGAAAAGAAGCUUUGCAGUCUCUCAAACUAAGUCUUCCCAUGCAAGAAACUGAAUUGUGCUCAGUAGAGUCUUCACUCCCAUUGGAGAAAGAAGAACAAAUAAGACUUCAAGCAAGAAGACGGCUAGAAGAACAGCUCAAACAGUACCGAGUGAAGAGACAUCAAGAAAGAUCAAAUCAGUCUACAUCCAAAAACCGGCCCUCCAGCACCCUAGAUCCUGAGCUGAUGUUAAAUCCAGAAAUCUUGCCAAGAGCUAGCACUGUAGCGAUGACAAAAGAAUACUCCUUUUUGCGGACCAGUGUCCCCAGGGGGCCAAAACUGGGUAGCUUGGGACUUCCAGCAUCCUCAAAAGAAAGAAGAAGUUCAAAACCUAAGACCAGUAAGAUCCGGUCCUUGGCUGACUACAGAACUGAAUAUUCGGGCUCUAGAAACACUACUGGGAGUUUUGUGACUACUGAUUUAUCUGGUGGGACUCUGAAGCAAAGCAGAAGCGGUCCAGCAUCAGUUGUUUCUGAGAUUAGUCUACUAUCUGACACAGAUGAACGAAUAGAAAAUUCUUCCUUGGCAGGAGAUAGCAUUUCAGAGAUUGAUGGGAGUGAAGUAGGAACGAGGCUGGAUGGAAAUGAGAGUGACAGCUCUACCUACAGCAGCGUGUCAGGAAAAGGGCUGUAUAACAGUUUACAGAAUGCAGAAGGCAAACAGAGUAUUCCAUAUACAAUAAAUGGUCAGAAGGUACAUCCUGAUGCAAUGGGGCAAUUUCCUUCCAUCAGUGAGGUGUUACAGGCUGCAGCAGCGGAGCAUCAAGCGCAAGAGCAAGAAGUUAAUGGGGAAGUACGGAGUAGGAGAGACAGUAUUUCUAGCAGUGUUUCUAUGGAAAGCUCUAUCGCAGGAACUCAUGACGAAAUGUUGCAGGUUCUGAAGGAGAAGAUGAGACUUGAAGGGCAACUAGAAGCACUCUCACUAGAAGCUAAUCAGGCUCUCAAAGAGAAGACUGAGCUACAAGCCCAACUUGCAGCUUUGAACAUGAAGCUUCAGGCACAGGUGGAGGACAGCCAAAACAGCCAGCAGAAACAGGAAUCUCUGAGCUCCGAAGUGGCCACAUUAAAGCAGUCAUGCUGGGAUCUGGAACGAGCAAUGGCUGACCUGCAAAAUACCUUGGAAGCAAAGAACGCUAGUUUGGCUUCUUCGAAUAAUGAUUUGCAGUUGGCAGAGGAGCAGUACCAAAGACUCCUGCUGAAGGUUGAAGAUAUGCAAAAAAAUGUUCUUACCAGAGACAGCACAGUUCAUGAUCUGCGACAGCAGUUGGCUUCCUUACAGAAUCAGCUUCAGAAGGUGCAGUUGGAACGGACCACACUGACCAACAAGCUAAAGGCAUCUGAAACAGAAAUCACAUCGCUCCAAAAUGUGCGGCAGUGGUACCAGCAGCAGCUUGUGCUAGCACAGGAGGCCCGUGUCAGGCUGCAGAGUGAGAUGGCCAAUAUACAGGCUGGGCAAAUGACUCAAGCAGGUAUGUUGGAACAUCUCAAACUAGAGAAUGUGGCACUGUCUCAGCAGCUGACUGAAACCCAGCACAGAUCCAUUAAAGAAAAGGAACGUAUUGCAGCACAGCUGCAAAAUAUUGAGGCUGACAUGUUAGAUCAAGAAGCUGCUUUCAUGCAGAUCCAGGAGGCUAAAACCAUGGUGGAAGAAGACUUGCAGAGAAAACUAGAAGAGUUUGAGGAUGAGAAAGAACAACUUCAGAAAAUGGCUGAUUCUGCAGCAACAUUGGAGCAAGAAUUGGAACAGGUCAAGUUGACUUUGCAUCAGCGAGAUCUGCAGCUUGAAUCUUUACAACAAGAACACCUAGACCUAAUGAAGCAAUUCACUCUGACCCAAGAGACGUUGCACACCAAAGAGCAGUCUCUGGAUGACCUGCAAACACAGUAUGAUGAACUGAAGGCCAGGUUAGAAGAGUUCCAAAGCGACUCUACUUCUAAAGAUGACACAAUCCAGUAUUUGCAGAAUGAGAAGAUUGUCUUGGAAGUUGCCCUGCAAGCAGCAAAAGCAAGCAAGGAGCAACUUGACGAAGGAGCAAUGCGCCUGGGAGAAGAUACAGAAGUAGCAUCAGAAAUCUUAGAACAACUGAGGCAAGAAAUGGCAAUCAAGUCAAGCCAGGUAGAAAAUCUGCAACAAGAAAAUGCCAGCCUUAAAAAACAGGUUCAAAAAGUGAAGGAACAGUUUCUGCAGCAGAAGGUAAUGGUGGAAGCUUAUCGAAGAGAUGCAAGUUCUAAGGACCAGCUGAUUAGCGAACUGAAAGCUACCAAGAAGCGGCUGGACUCAGAAGUGAAAGAGUUAAAACGAGAGCUACUGAAAAUUGAAGUUGAAAAACAGUCACUCGAAUCUGAACAUUCAAAAUUACAGAAGGAAGUAUCUCAGGUUCACCAGCAGAUGGUGGAAAUAGAAAAUCAUCUUCAGUCAGUGCAGAAAGAACGAGAUGAUAUAGAAACACGCCUACAGUCUUUGCAGUUCGAUAAGGAACAAAUGGCAUCUCUUGCUGAGGCAAAUCAGGCAUUAAAACAACAAGUAGAACAAAUGCAAGAAGAAGCAAAAAAGGCCAUUACUGAGCAGAAACAGAAAAUGAAGCGCCUGGGGUCAGAUCUGACAAGUGCUCAGAAAGAGAUGAAAGCAAAACAUAAAGCCUAUGAGAAUGCAGUCGGCAUUCUUAGUCGUCGGUUACAGGAAUCUCUCACUGCAAAGGAAUCUGCUGAAGCAGAGUUGAGCAAACUAAAAGCACAAAUCACUGAUGGUGGAAACAACCAGAUUGCUCAAGAAAGGAUUCAAGCUCUGGAGACAGAAUUGCAAGCUGUUAGCAGCAGUAAAUUGAUGCUGGAAAAAGAGUUGCAAGAAGUGAUUUCACUUACCAGCCAGGAGCUUGAAGAAUACAGAGAGAAAGUGCUGGAACUUGAGGAUGAGCUUCAGGAAUCUAGAGGCUUCAGGAGGAAGAUAAAACGUUUAGAAGAAAUUAAUAAGAAGCUGGCCCUUGAACUGGAGCACGAACGUGGAAAACUUACAGGUCUUAGUCAGUCCAAUGCUGCUUUGCGGGAGCAUAACAAUAUCCUUGAAACAGCAUUAGCAAAAAGAGAGGCGGACUUGGUACAACUGAAUCUACAGGUUCAGGCAGUCCUAAAGCGGAAAGAGGAAGAGGAUCAGCAAAUGCAACAACUUAUUCAAGCUUUACAGGCUUCCUUAGAGAAAGAAAAGUCAAAAGUUAAAGACCUUAAGAAGCAGGAAACAGCAGCUAAAGCAGAUGCAGCACAUAACCGCCGUCAUUACAGAGCUGCUGUACUUGAACUCAGUGAAAUCAAGAAAGAGCUACAUGCCAAAGAUCUGCUCGUCCAAGCCCUUCAGGUUGAAGUGGACAAGCUGCAGGUAGAGGAUGAAAAACAUUCCCAGGAGGUAUCACAGUUUCAGCAAGAACUGGCAGAAGCCAGGUCUCAGCUCCAACUUCUGCAGAAAAAGCUGGAUGACAAGCUUACUGAACAGCCUGUAGUAAGCCAAGAGGUGGAAGAUCUCAAGUGGGAAGUAGAACGAAAAGAAAGAGAAAUAGAAACACUUAAGCAGCAACUGGAUAUGAGUGAACAGCGCAGCCACAAGGAGUUAGAAGGGGUACAAGUUGUCUUGCAGAAUAUCAAGACUGAGUUGGAAAUGGUGAGGGAAGACCUGUCAGUGACUCAGAAAGAUAAGUUUAUGCUGCAGGCUAAAGUAACUGAACUGAAGAACAGCAUGAAGUCACUCCUGCAGCAGAACCAGCAACUGAAGUUGGACCUGAAGCAUGGCAAGAUGAAGAAGAGGAAGGAACUGAAAGGAGAGAAUAACUCUUCAAAUCCUGUGACUCCAGUCAAGAUUCCUGAUUGUCCAGUGCCUGCUGCCUUGCUGGAAGAACUGUUGAAACCAUCGACAGCUGUGAGCAAGGAGCCUUUAAAAAAUCUGAACAGUUGUCUUCGGCAAUUAAAGCAAGAAAUGGACAGCCUUCAGCGUCAGAUGGAAGAACACACCAUUACAGUACAUGAAUCAAUGUCUUCGUGGACUCAGAUUGAGGGGCAGCUAAUGGACCUUAAAUCUACCAGUCCUGCAACUGCAUCAGACCAACAGGAGAUUCCUACUAUAGAUGAAAAGAAACAGAACUGUAGUGCUAGUGACAAGGAAGCUUUGACACUAUAACCUCCUUAUCAGUUGUCUUUAUUGCUUUACGUAUGUAAACAAAUCUUUAUCAAAAUUAUUUAUUUCAUUUUUUAAAAUGGUGUUCAGAGUUGUGCUUUUGCCUGUAGAAGCAAAGGGCAUGAUUUUGAGAAACUGGUGUAAUAUUAAAUACAGAAUAUGCUAUUUCAAAGGUUUCUUUGAAACCUUACCAUAACGAUUCUGUCAUGUUGGGGACUGCCAGGUGGUCAAUCUAGCUCAUUUGGGGGUUUAGUAAGAGAUUCAGAUGAAGGUUUAGAACGAGGUCAAGAGGAGCCUCUGAUUCCAGGUCUGUAUUUGUUCAACCUGGAUGAGUUUGUUAACUCACUGUUAAUGACUGUUAAUUAUAUAACAUCUGGGGCUUGGUGUUUUCUUUAAUUGGGAGGGAGGGGCAGUGUGGUGUUUUUCCCCAUCUUGGGUUGUAUCCAAGUCACAGGGAAUAAUAAAUUCUGCUCAUGUUCAGCAUUAGCAGUGGUUGAGAACUGAAUGUUCUGAGCAUGCUCUCCUCCCUCCUGUAAUCUCUUAUUCUUGAAAUUGAGAUUACAGAUAUCUGUAUUUAAAGAAAAAAUUUUCGUUUGAAGCCAUUUCUAGUUAUGAAGAUGACCUCUGACCUAUAGCAAAAGAAACAAGAUUGUAAAGACAAGCAAUGCAGACCACUGUGUAUCUUUGGCAGAUUUGCCUGGGAUGUUUUCUGAAGUUAUCAGUUUUUUUCUUACAGUCGCAGGCCAGUAGGGAGCUUUGCUUCACUGCACAAACACUUCUUGCACCUUUUUAGUUCAACUUUUGAAGUAGACACCCUUGAAAAAGGUAUGAGUGUAAUAUAUAUAUAUAUAAGAAAAAAAAUCAUAAUUUUCUGACUUUGAAUAUCUGUUUUAAUAUGCUUAUAUAUUGUAAGUUAAGGCUGACAUGAGGGUUUUUGUUACUGUCAUCGUUUUAAUGUUACAUUUAAGUUUGCUGGUUUUUGACAUACUGUACAAAUGGCUUAGGGAAAUUAGCCCCUAAAGCCAGAGCUUUUAGAAAUGUAAUUAUUUUUACUUUAAAAGACAAAAUUAUAAUGCCUAUAAAGUUACUAUUUUUAUUAGCUUUAUCUUGUUACACACGCUUCGCCUACUUUUUGCACCCUCUAUUACAAGGUGUCCACUGUGAAUGGAAAUGUUGGUACUGUGGCAGCCCCUCUGCAGAGCACCUUGACUAGAUUAUUAUUAUUACAGCAGCCCAAUUUAGAUACCUUUAUCUCUGGUCCUGUUGCUCCAUGAGGCUUGUAGUGCAGCGAUAAGCCCGCCCUCUCAUUCAAAAAUUCAGUGUGGAAGUACUGCUUUGCCUAACAAGCUUAGUGCUAAAGCACAGAUCAAAAUAUAUGUGACAGAUUAUUUGGAAGAUUUAGUGGCCACUCAUGUACUAGCAUGUUUUUGUCUUUAAAACAUAAAGAAAACAGGUCAAAUACAUCCACUAUAUUUAGGCAUUUAAAAAAAAAAAAAAACAAAAAGAAAAAAAAAAACAGUCUAAUAAGUACAAGUAGAUUAACUGGCUGAGGAAAAAAAUGAAAGUUCUUGUUCAUGUAUUUUUUCCAAAGAGAUUGUUGCUGCUUUUGUGUGGGUUUGGUUGUUUAGGGGGGAAAAUGAUUGUAGCUUGCUUAGCAGUAAGGCAAAAAAUAAGCAAACAAACAAAAAACCUAAACCCGCCCAUAUUUAUCCAAAGUCUUAUUUCUCAUAUUUACCAAUUCAAGCUCUAGUCCAGUUGAAUAUUUUGCACUUAGAGUGUCUAUACUGACUGAUUUCAUGCCCCUCAGCUGCUGGAUUUUACCUUAGAUUUUAUUGGGAUCAAAGUCAAGUGAUGCUAAAAGUCAAGGCUUUGAAACUGGUGAAGGAAGAAAUGCAUUGGCAUGGCAUUAGGUGCCCAUCAUACAAAAUUACCAAAUAAUUCAAAGAAGAGCCAAAAGCUUUACAGACUAGCUUAGACAUGUUAAUGCCUGCAUACUGCUGCAGUCUAUUUUGCGGAGUAAAUGGUACUGACUAUCUCGCUGCUGUCCUGUUCUUGAAGUUGCCUGUGUAUAUCAAACGUUCAGGAUUUUAAUAACACGUGUGCAGCAUUAAACAGUGUUGCUGUUCAUUUUAGUAAAUACACUGACUACGGUUAAGAAUCUGUUAUGUUUUAAUCUCUUAAAUUUGGCAACAGUUAUAUGGAUAAAGUCUUUAUCUGGUAUCAGAGAAGUCAGGAUUGUUAGAAACCUUCAUAGUUCUUCAGAAUGUCUGCUCUCCUUUUUAUAUCCGUAAUCAUACUGCAGUCUGUUUUCAGUGCAGUGCUGCCUUUUUUCUCACUAGCUCCUUAUAAAGACAUCUGAGCUUAUACAAUCAAGUAGUCUUAGAUGCAUGUUUUUUCUUUUAAAGAUGAGGGAGCUGUUGUGAAGUGCUCAGAUAAGAUUUCUGUAUUGACCCACCUGUGUCUCUGAAAGUACCUGGACACAAGGUAUUUUCAUUUUUAUAUUCACCAUGUGUUUUUUCUAUAACUAGAAGUACCAUGCCACUUACUGAAAUGAAGAACAGACAGUGAGACUUGAGGGACUAAAUCUGGCGAGGCCUUAAAUCAAUUAAGUUAACAGAAGUCACUGGGAAGCUUUCUAGAAGGAGCACACAGCAUGUGAUAAAAUCAAGGCCUUUUCUUUGAAGCUCAUCAGCUAUGUUUCUUAAUUAUCCAGCGAAAUAGUUACUGUUUUAUGAAAAAGCCUCACCCUGAGGCUGAGCAUGCUCGCUCUACAAAGCUUCAGGUCUCUGCUAUCUAGGCAAUAAAACAAACUAGUUGUAGGAAUGAAAACUGCCUCCCCUCUGCCUCUCACAGCACUGCCAAACACAUCAGAGGAAAACCUGAAGAAUAAUCCCUUAGUUUUUUUUCUUUUCCUUUUUCAAGCACUGCAAUAGAAUAUAUUUCCUUGUCUGUUCCUUCAGUGGUUGCUAUGUACUAAACCAAGUCUUGUUGAUGGAAAGAGAAAUGUCACUGUAGUAUGAGAAUGUUUCUCAAGUGAUGAAAGUUGGUAAAUGCUGCAGCAUUACUUUUUCAGAUGCUGUUGGGUUUUUGAGGACUUUUAAAUAAUUGUGCAUUUGAAAAAAAACAAACAAAAUCCACAACAAAAAAACA